UGUUUGUUCUUGUUUUUGUUUGUUCUUGUUCUUGUUUUUGUUUGUUCUUGUUUUUGUUUGUUUUUGUUCUUGUUUUUGUUUGUUCCUUUUUUCUGUUUACACCGGUAAUAAAAUAUAUCAAAGUUAAGUUUUGUCAACUUAUAUAUAUACCUUCUUAUGUUUCCAAAAAAAAAAAAAAGAUUGAAAAAAAUUAAAUAAAACGCUAGUUGCGCAUAAACUAUAAAAUAAGACAAUCAAAUAGGGAUUAAAAUAUGCAAUAAAUUAGACAAUAAAUAGAACAUGAAAAUAGAUAACAAAGAAAAAAACAUAUAAACCAAGAUAUAAACCAAGAUAUAAACCAAGAUAUAAACCAAGAUAUAAACCAACAAAUAAAACAACAAAUAAAACAACAAAUAAAACAAGAAAAAAGUAGACACAAGAAAAAUAAACAGAAUGACAUUACAGAAUUUCCUGGUUGAUAUGAAACAUGAAGGGUCAGAAACAUCUAUGGAAUGUAAAAACAUUAAAAACGUUAAUGAUAGUUAUGCGUUAACAGUUGAUAUGGAAUUAGAUGAUGUGUGUACAUCAAAGAUCACAAAAGUAAGUAAUACAAAUGAUUUAACAAGAUGGAUUUUAUUUAAAAUAUUAUUUAAAAAAUUUAUAUUAGCAUUAUUAUUUUUUAUUCUUUCUAUAGUUAUACAAGGUUUUUUUAUGAUAUAUAGUGAUUCUUACUAUAUCCCAACUAUUCCACCCUUAAAAGACCGUAUACAUGAUAUAUUAAUAAAUCCACCUACGUGGAUUUCAUAUGACCGUAUCAAUCUAUUAAUGAUUAUUUUAUUAUUGUCAUUUAUAGUGUUACUUAUAUUUAACAGUAUAUAUUUGUCAUUUUCUAUUAUUUGUCGUUUUCUGUAUAUGAUGGGUGUUUUUUAUUUAGCUAGAGGGCUCAUCAUAUAUGUUACUUCUGUACCUGCAACAAUAACUGCAUGUGAUGCAUUAAAAAGUGGUGAUUUUUUAUUCAAUUUAAUGCAAGUACUUAAAAUAAAUUUGAGUUUAGUUUAUGUUUGUACCGACUUAAUACUAUCAGGACAUUCAUAUUCGGUUACUAUUUUUUUAUUAUUUUCAUUGUAUUAUACAAAUAAUAUAUGGUUAAAAAUUUUUAUUUUUAUAUUGAGUCUUUCUGUUUACGCAUUUCUUAUAAUUGGAUUUAUACAUUAUACUUCAGACGUUUUAUUGGGAUUUAUUUUUGGACUUUUUAUAUUUACUUUUUAUCAUAUAAUGAUAGAUAUAUACCUUCAUUAUUAUAUUAUUAAUAAGCAGUUUGAUGUUAAGCAUAUAUCAAAUAAUAAUAAUAAUAAUAAUAAUAAUAAUAAUAAUAGUAAUAGUAAUAGUAAUACUAUAGCAAAACCAUUUUUUAUGCGAGUCUUCUUUGUAAGGAUGUUUUUAAAAAUCAUUCCUUUUUUAGAUGGUUUAAAUUAUAUAAUAGAUUAUGCGAUGGACAAAAAUAAUAAUAAAACUGCAUUUUGCACAUGUGAAAAAAAAAAUGAAAACUGUGAUAACUCUUUUAUUUAUUUUAGUGAAAGUAAACAUGAAGAAAAGAUGUCAAUAAAUAUAAACGAUCAUAUAUAUNNUAUAUAUACCGGAGAUGGAACGUAUAACAUAUCAUUAUUCAAAUUUAUAACCCAUUUUAAAACAUUGUAAUAUAGGUACAUAAUAUUAUUAUCUUUGUUAUACAUAUAAAAUUUAUGUAAUACCUAUAUAUACAUAUAUAUGUGCGUUUUUAUAUGCAAAAGAUUAAAUCC